AUGAAGAAAGAAGACAAGAAGGAGACAAAAAAGAAGGAGCAAAAGCCUCGGAGCAAAAGCGCCGACAACAAAUGGAAGGUCAUGAAUCAAGGUAUCGGCAACGUCGUCUCCAGAAGUCUUCCCAAUUUCAACAAGGUUGUUUUCGUCACUAAAAUAGGUCGUCCAAUAUAAUCAUGAACAUGCUCCGAGUCAGGUUUACAAAAAUUCGAGCUUACUUUAGAAACUUUAGAAACUUGCACAAAAAAAAAUAAGUCUAUUAGGUAGUUCAGAAUCUCUUAGAGGGAAAAUUUUCAACAAAAAAUACUCUAGUUUAUGUAGUUAUAAAUCUUUCAAGACAUAUUUCAUCGAACUAGAAUUCAAAAAUAAAUAAAAUAUAUAGAAAGCGACGCCAAAUGCCAACGGUGAAGUGCCAGCAAAACCUGAAGAAAAGGAGACCAAAAAGGAAAAAAAGAAACGGAAGAAAAAAACUGCGGACGAAGAAGCCAAUGAAGAGCAACAACGACAACUCGAAGAAGAACGUCAAAGGAAAGAAGCUGAGAAGAAGAAAAAAGUUAGUAAAAAAUUAUCAGUUUAUUUAGCUUUUUUUUAUUUUGCAUACAAUCUGAAAAUCUCUAAGGUUCUGAUCGCCAGCCGAGACGAAAGGAAAAAAACUUUAUGGAGACACGUUGCCUGGCUCGUUAUUUUGUUCGCCUACUCCCUACUUGGAGGACUGCUUUUCAGCGCUAUCGAAGGUUUCUCAAUCGAUAUUUCUCUCUUAUCAUAAGGAUUCUUUCAUUCAAUGAAAAUCAAGAACUAAUGCACCUAUUUUUUAUCUCUGCAUGAUAAAAAUUUCCUUUUAAGGAGGCUAUGAAACCAACCAAUUGAUAAAAAAAUACGAGCAUGAUUCUGAAAUUUAUGAAAAGCGGACAACUUAUCAGGAACAACUUUUCCGGAGGUAUUUUUUAACAGAUUUUUUUGAUAAAGAGAAAGUUUUCAGACUGAAAGAUAUUGAGGAAGACAAAUCAACUUCACGGAGCCAAAAAAGCGACGAAUACAAACUGCGCCUGUCGCGAGAGGCUCUUGAUUGGUGGGAAAAAACUCCUUCAAGAUAAAAAAUUGUUUUAGGUACGAGAGGAAACUAGGAGUCCUUGUCGAAGAGCCGAAAGUAGAAGAAACUAAAUGGAACCUCUGGGGCGGGAUCUACUACUCAGCAAGUCUGUACACAACUAUAGGUGGUAGUUAAAAGUAUUUCAAUUCGAUGUCAUUUUUUUCAGGUUACGGGGAUUUCCAUCCUGAAACUGAAAGCGGACGGAUAGUCUCGAUGUUGUACGCCUCAAUUGGAAUCCCACUAGUCUUCACUAUUCUACUCGACUGGGGAUUUCUGUACUUUACAUGGAUAGAGUACGGCUGGAAUCGACUCAACGAACAGUUUUGUCAAAAGUCAGUUCAUUGGCAAUUCCUGCUUGAAAAAAAUGAUACACUUCAGGAGCUUACAGAGAGGAAUGGACCGUAAAAUCCGAAGAGAAAAGUGAGGUUCUUUUUAUUUUACAAAAAAAAGGAUUUCAGAAUCCGCAAAGUGGGAAGCGAGAUGUCUUUGGCCUCAACGACGCCACUCAUUCACAGGACGACAACUCAACUGUCGAAUCCGACUCAACACGUUUUGAGUUUUCAGAUACUCCAACUACUAUUUGAUCUUCAGAUCGAGUCAGUGAACCCUCUGACUCCAUUGGAAGUCGUUUUACCAGUAGGAGAGCAGGUUCAAACAGUUCCUAUUAAAGCCGCGCUCAUAUUUUUCUUCCUCUGGGUACAACUCUCCGCUUUCGUCAUCCGGUGAGAUUUUGCACGAAAAAAUAAUCAAAAGGUAAUCAGAAUUUGGGAGUUCGAAUGGACCUACUUCACUGCCUUCUACUAUUUCUUCAACUCAUUGACAACUAUAGGUUGGAGCUAAAUACUAAAAUAUUGACAGUCUCAAAUAUCUUUGCUAUGUUACAGUAGGAAUACUAUCUCUCUCCGUUCUAUUGUAUUCAUGUGUGAACGAUGCUCUCGGCGUGUGGCCAAGACGCGUGCAAGGGAACCAAGUGAGAUACAGGCGUGUCUGCCGGAGCAAUUACACGCCGAGAGCAUCGUUCACACAUGAAUACAAUAGAACGGAGAGAGAUAGUAUUCCUACUGUAACAGCUAGAAUCGAAAAAUUUCUCCUAAAAAAUCAUCCAUUAAGCUUCGCGGUUAUGUUUCCUGCAGACGUUAAAAAAAGAGGAAAAACCACACACACACCUUUGGCGAAAAUUUCCGAGAAGAUGAGCGCCGACCUUGUUACUUUUUUUGGCUGUAUCUAUUUUUUUCGCUGAAAUUAUACAAUUAAUUAGGAAAAAAGUGAGCUUUUACCUUGAUCUGAUGUUCUAAAAAAGUUGACUUGAAGAGUUAUACAAGUUGAAAGGCGAUGCCAGUCGCCUUCCUUUUUUUAAGCUCUGAAAAAAUACAUAUAUAGUUCGUCAUAUUUAAAAAAAUUAGAGUCCAUUGGAACAUUUCAACGGAGCUUUUACUUUUUUGGGAACACAUCUUGCAACUUUAUUGAUAUCUAAUUGUCUCUGCUUUAGAAAUUCUCAAUCAAAGUAAUAUGUUAAAGGACUUGGCGACGUCGUUACAAAACCAAAGUUUAUCGUCUUCAAUCUCGCAUUAACACUCGUCGGACUAUCAGUCGUCGGUUUAUGUAUUGCUAUCGUACAGGUUAACAUCCCACUUUUUGCCAUGUUUUUUUUAUUCCACUUCAGGCCAAAGUGAAACUAGUAUUCGAUCGAAUGUUGAGGUGUAUAGACGCACAAUACAGAAUUCGACAGAUUGACCCCCAAGUGGCGACUAUGAGCAUUAUCGACGACGAAGAUGAGGGUAUCAAAAGGUUGUUUUUUCGAUUUCCAACUGAUGAGAACAAUGAAAUUUGCAGGCUAAUCCAAUCGCAAUCAAUCGAAGACCGCGUCGUUUUUCUGUUCGUUGAUGAACACAAAAAGAGCAUGCUGAAGGAAAGAUGGCGACAAAAGAGUUCCAUGAUCAAUAAGUGAGAUUAACUUCGAAAAAGAACAUUUAAAAUGUUAAUUCGUUCAGUCUUAUAACUUGAAAAACGAAUUUAAAUAUUUCUAUAAGAACUUUAGCAAGUAUAUUCUAAUUUAGCAAGUAUAUUCUAAUCAAAAUAGCUCACCGGGUGUUCACAGAGCAUGUAUAAAAACAAAAAAAUUUGGGACGGAAAGCCGUUUUUCGAAUUCAUUUCAGUUAAAAAAAGAUUUCUGAUCCUCUCAACGUCACAACAACGAAGGAAAGAAACUAUAACAAUAUGUAAAUCAUUUCCAUAAAAAAACUUUCAAGCGAAAUCGACUUUUUUUACACAUUCCAUUAUUUAUUAUUUUCUUUCAAGUUUGGAAGAUACUGUGCUAUUUUUUUUCACUGCAGAUCUGCUCCCCUCAUGUAUACACUUUAUUCAGAAUAACGCAAACGUAUCCUUCGAAAGCAGACAAAUACGUACAGACGGGUCAGAGGGUCUAUGAUCAGCCAAUGGGCGACGGCGACGACAGCGAAUACGACGAAGACGAAGAUGUUCGUUGAUCCUCCCUCAUAUGAAAUAUUGGAGAAACUGAUCUUUUUUGAGAAGUUUUUUGAAUUCAAGUCUAAGACAAAACACGAGAAGUCAUUUUCUAUACUACAACCUCCUAAUAACUUUUGGACAUUUUUCCUUUCUAGAUUAAAAAAAUACAUUAUUUCAAGAAAAAGAAUAUAGACUCCGUUUAUAAUUUUUUUUUUCUGCUAUUUUUUUUAAAGGCGGAAAUCUUUAUUGACUUGAUCGGCUUCUCCUUCAAGACCGUUAUUAAGUUUUACUAUACGUCUUUCUUUCUCACACAGCAAAACUUUUUUAUAGGCAAGUCCUAAUCUGUUAAACUUUUUCUUUCAUUUCAUUUCAUUCUAUGCUCAAUUUUUCAAAUUCUUCGUUUUUUCAGGAAGAAGGCGUCGAAUACGACGAGUCUGGUAACAAAAUUCACUAUCCGCCCAGCAAACGCUACAUCUAUACGGUCUUUGACUAG